UGCUAGUUUGACAGACGUCGUGAAAUUUGCAAGAGAAAUUUGACAAUUUUGGAUUAAACUGUGGGUGAUGUUGAAUUACGUCUUUUUGGAAUAAUGUUGUGAUGACCUGGCGGUGAGGAUGGGCGAACCAGAGGUACAGCCAUGCUGCCUCUGUGGCCUGGCUGAGGAUGACCAGCUCAAGUAUGGCCAGCUAUUCAAGGUUGAUGGGCUCACUGUACAUCACUUCUGCAUGCUCUUCUCGCCGAACCUGGCCCAGAACGGCAAGGAUGACGAGGGCGCAGAGGGCUUCCUGGCCGUCGACAUCAGGAAGGAGAUCGUCAGAUCAGGCAGCACGUCAUGCUGCUACUGCACCAAGGGUGGCGCCACUGGGCUCUGUAUGAGCAUGAAGUGCAAGAAACACUACCAUCCCAGCUGCGCGGUCCGGGCCAGCGGCCUCCUGCAGUUCUUCGGACAGUUCAAGUCGUUCUGCGAGGAGCACCGGCCGCGUCAGAACGUGGUGGGCAGGGAACUGGGUGAGAGCUGCGGCAUCUGCCUGGAGCGGACUGACCCGGAGGACGACCACAACGUGCUCUGGACGCCUUGCUGCCGGCACUUCUUCCACCGCGCCUGUCUACAGAGGAUGGCCUACCACUUUGGCUACUUCUUCUACUGUCCCGGCUGCCGCAACAAGGACAACGUCAGCGGCUUCCUCAAACACAUGCGGCACUUCGGCAUCUUCAUUCCAAAGAGGGACGCCAGCUGGGAGAUGGUCCCUAACGCGUUCGGUGAGCUGUUGGAGCGGCACCUGGUCUGCGACGUCCGCUACUGCCUCUGCAGUCAGGGACGCUCCCACCAGGAGAACGAUACGGACAGCCCGUGGCGGCUGUGCGUCUGCGGCACGUGCGGCUCGGCCGGCACCCAUCUGGCGUGCUCCGACCUGGACGAAUCGGUCACCGUGUGGUCGUGUCCGUCCUGUACCCUGGAGCCGGCCCCGGCCAACAAGAAGAGCACCCUGCGCGAGUUUAUAGCCAGCCGGGCGCCGCCCGGAGCGGGGGCGCCGCCGCCGCUGCCGCAGGCCGGUGAGGGCAGCAGCUCGGGGCCCGCCGCGCCGCCGGCACCCCUGCUGACGGCUGCCCUCUCACUGCACGAGGUGCUGGCUCAGCUGGACGAGCCGGAGCGACUCAUCAAGUUCACCGUCAACCCGCUCUCAGGACUGUCGGUUCAGACGCGGCCCGUAUCGGGCGCGCGGCUGGCGGCGCGGGAGCCCGGCCGGCGGCCGGUGGCGUUCAGCGCCGAGGACCUGCUGCCAGAGGCCGUGGUCUCAGUUCAGGAUGUGGCGCAGGCCGAGCUGCGGCUCUGGUCCGAGAAUCAUGUGGCGGCAGCGGAGGCGGGCGGACAGAGCACCUACAGCGCGGCGCGGCGCCGAGACGCCACCGCUGUCGACGACGCGGCGCGACCGCUGGCCGCCGCCCCCGCCGAUGGGCCGCCGCGCUGGGCGGCGCGCGCCGCGGCCAGUAACGCCGCGCCGCGGCCGACGGCCAGCGAGCGGCAGCGUCUGCAGCUGGCCGGCCUGCCGCCGCUGGCCGAGCUGCGCGCCGCACUCUCGGCCCUGCAGUGUCCCGGCUGUCGGGCCGACUUCCGCCUGCUCAGCGAGCUCACCUACCACUACCAGAGCCACUCGGGGGAGGCGCUGUUCUACUGCCGCAUCUGUCAGCAGCCGACCAGCCAGUGGGGCUCGUUCCACCUGCUCGACCACCACCCGGACCUGCGCGCCGAGGAGUGGGCCUCCUACGUGGACAGCACGUUCCAGCAGGCGCAGGCGCUCAUGGUCCGCCUCCUGCUGCACCGGCGCAACAUCAAGGUCACGCUGGACCAGGGCCGCACCAUCGCCAGGAACUUCAAGGUGAUCAUGGCGUCGAGUGCCGACCAGGCGGGCCAGUCGUCGGCGCCCGCGGCCGCGCCGGCCGGGGAGCGGAGCAGCAGCGCGCCGGACGACGCCCAGGUCGCCGACUUCGUGUGCGACGAGUGCGGGGCUGUGCUGCGCACGAACAGCGCUAUCGCCUCCCACCAGUUCCUGCACUCGGCCGCGGCGCGCGACAAGUACGCCGGCCGGCCGCACCACUGCGCCGACUGCCACUUCGGCAGCGGCCAGCUGUACCUGGUGACCCGCCACCGCACGCUGCACCACCGGCGCACGCAGGGCGCGCUGCCCGGGCCGGCCGCCGCCGCUGUCACCACCGCCAUUCCGGCGCCGCGCCCGGCGUCGGCCGUCACGCGCACCCCGUCGCCCGCUCCCCCAGUGGCGAAGAGCAGUGUGGCGCCGCUGCCAGCGGGACCGCUCCCCGUCACCCGCAUGCCGUCACAGUCUGUGAUGGCGUCGGCCGUCUCCGACAGUGAGGUGGCGGCCACGGCGCUGUCCGGCGGCAAGUACAGGUGUCCCCACUGCCGCAAGGUGACCAGAACGCCCUUUCUGAUGAAAACUCAUCUGUACUGGCAUUCGGCCGAGGCGGAGCGCCUACAGCGCCCAAUGGCCUACCACUGUCCGUUCUGCUACUUCGCUGCCAACCGCAGCCAGAGGGUGGCCAGACACAUCUCCAGCGUACACAAUCGGCCCUACCAGACCUUCCAGAGAGCGUGCCCCUCGUGCCGUCGGUUCAUGUACAGCCCACAGAGACACAACUGCCUGCCCGAGAAGGAAAAGGUGAAAAAGUCGACCAGCCUGACGAUGCGGACGAGCCGCAGCAUCAAAAGCAGCGCCAUCAGUCGACCCAAGCUGGUGCGUCAUCCGGCGCCGAGCUUUGCCCUGACUAUGUCUGGUGAUAAGAUGGCAAUGCCGGCCCCUAUCCCGCUGACUGCGUCCACUUCCAAAGAUGCGGACCAUCGGUGUAAACUCUGCGGAAAAGAGGGUACCAAGGAGUGCGUGCGGGUGCACAUGAAGUUCCACACGGCCCAGUACGAGCGCCUCGGUCGCCAACGACCAUUUCACUGCCACUUGUGCUUCUUCUCUAACACGAAUCAAAACUUGAUGUGCAAGCACAUGGUGGUCACCCACAACUUGGAUCCCGCUUCUUGCCAAACACUAUGCACCAUUUGCAAUGAGAUGGUCUUCAACGUGAAGGCGCACGCCCGCUACCACAGACAGCAGGGCGAUGGUCCAGCCGCCACCCAGUCUCCCGUGAAAAUCGAACCGGAGCUGCUGCAUCGCGCGGUCGUGAAGACGGAGCCAGGAGAAGAAUGCGCCAGCGAGGAGCCGGAAGUGGCUGGAGCCAGCGGCGAGCCGGAGGAGGCCGAAGGGUCCGGCAGGGUGGUGACCGCCGGCUGCCUGAUCGCCUGCGGCAACGCCCAGAGUCGUCUCGACUGUCCGUUCUGUGACGCCUUCUUCGACUCGAAACGGAUGUACGACCGCCACAUGAUGCUCAGCCACCUGGUGGGCGCCGAGACGCGCCACGUCGUCUGUCGCUUCCGCUUCUGCUGCGCCGAGUCGACCCCCACCCACGACAAGCUGUUCCACAAGGGCAGCGAGGACCGCUCGUUCCGCUGCAGCCAGUGCGACAGCACGUACACGUGCGCCGAGGACCUGCGCGUGCACACGACUCGCCAGCAUGCCGACGAGUCGGUGCCGGCGUUCGAGCUGCGUGAGGACGGCCACUGCUGGUGUUCCAAUCUUCGCUGCGGCGGCGAGCUCGGAAACAUCAAACACCACUUGAUCGCCUACCACUCUGUGCUGGUGCGCGGCUUUCCGGGCCCGCGCGCCGCCCCCUACACCUGUCCCAAGUGUCCGCUCAAGCUGGAGUAUCACAAGCUGAUUGAGCACAUGCAGCAGAGCCACGGCUGGGCCUUCAGUCCGGGUGUCGAAUACCGCAGUCCCGUCCACGUGCGUGACAUGGAGGUAGGCUGCCCGCUCUGCUAUCGAACCUUCUCGUUCGAGUGCCUGUUCAUGCACAUGCAGGAGAAUCACCAGUGGACCUUCCUGGACUCCCGAGCGGGUGCCAGGGAGAGAAAAACUCAGCCGUCGCCGCGCAAGCCGAGCACCACCGUGGCGUUGGCCGGUAAGCUGGUGAAGCAGGCGGCUGGGCGACACCUGACGUCCUCCGCGGCCGCUGAUCUAGCGGGCGCCUCGGGCUCUUCGUCCGCCGCCAGCGCCGCCGUCUCGGGCUGCACCAUCUACGACUGCGCGUUCUGCGACGCGUUCUUCAGCAACGAGCAUGAUUACAGGAUGCAUGGCCGGAAGAACCACGCUGGGUUAAAAAGCUCCAACCACCAGAACCCGGAGGGCCUAUGCUGGGCUCGUUACUGUUACUUGGCAAAUGAUCGUCGCCACACCCAUGUCUACCACAAGAACCUGACCAAGCGCACAGUGGGGUGCCGUAAGUGCGAUGGUGUAUUCACAUCCAAAGGCUAUCUGCGGGAGCACAUGAAGAAGAUGCACAGUGUCACUAAUCCCGUGCGGACUCUAAUGGGGAAGGCGGUAUGCAGCUGCGACCUGAGCAAGACUCGCUCGUCGCUCGAGCACCUGUGCACGCACCAUUUCCCUUCGUACCGGUCGCCGCCCGGGCCGAGGCCGCAGCCCUAUUGGUGCUUCGAGUGUGGCGUGAGCAUGAGAUACGAGGAGCUCAAGGCGCACCUCACCGCAGACCACUCCUGGCGCCUCAAGGAGAGCGGCACGGACCUGGCCAAGGUCAACGCCAAGGUGUACAGGAGCCGCGGGCUGCUGCCGCCGCUGGACUCGGUGUCGUCGCCAGCGGCUGCCUCCCGAGCAGUGGCGUCUCUGCCGCGCUCUGUGUCGGUGACCGCCCUGCCGCCGGCCAACCCCCGGCCGCCGGCGCUGGUCCCUCAGCUGGACGCAGCUCGCGCCUUCUCCGGCCGGCACCGCAUCAGCGAGCUGAUCGACGACCCCGCCCGACUCGACUGCCCCUUCUGCGACGCGUUCUUCCUGGCACUCAACCGCUACAUGCGCCACAUGCGGCUGGCGCACUCGGGCUCCAACGGCAUCACGGACAGCACGUGCACGUUCCGCUACUGCUACAACAUGUCCUCGCCGGCCACCACCGAGAAACACAUCGCCACCUUCCACAAGGGCGCCGCCGCGCUGGAGCACAAGUGUUCGUUCUGCGACAGGAUGGGUCGCUCGGAGCGCUCCAUCGGCGUACACGCUGAGAUCAGUCACAAGUCGCAGAUGCAGCUGGGUGUCCAGGUGGGCGACGGGGCCGAGUGCGUGUGCGACGCAGUGGGCAGCGAGUGCGAGUCCAACAAGUCGCUGCUGUGGAUGCACUUCGUGCACAACCACUCUGUGCAGGUGCGCAGCUACCCGGGCCCCCGGUCUCGGCCGUACGACUGUCCCGUCUGCCUGGAGAAGCUCCCUUUCCGUGAGCUGGUGGACCACCUGAGCACCACACACAUGUGGCGCAUCAAGACCGACGGCGAGGAGGCGUUCGGCGUCAACCGGAUCGACAACCGCAACUUCCUCGACUCGAUCACAGUGAUGCAGGUGACGGGCGGAGCAGGCGCCGAGCCGCCGGUGCUGACACCGGCCGUGGCCGGCAGCUCGUCAAGCGUCCCGCGCAGGAAGGCGACUGCUAAACCCGCAGACGGAGUAACCGAGGCGAUGGCCGCCAUCAUUGCAUGCCCGUUCUGCGACGAUUUCUUCGACAUCCCCACCGAGUACGAGGAGCACGCGUUGAUUAACCACUCGGGACUGAAUCGGCCGGAAUCCAUGUGCCCGGUCAAGUACUGCUGCGCGCCUUCCGGGGCCAGGCACCUCGCUCUCUUUCACAAAGGGCUUCUACCGCUGCACUGCCGCAGCUGCGACGCCUCGUUCCGUUCGAACAACCGUCGCAACAAGCACAUUGUGCGGACACACAAGUGGAUCGUGAACCGGUCAACGGCUAAGAAUCCGCUGUAUCGGAUGUGCUCGUGCUCGGUGAAGUCCGUGGGCGGUAUACACAUGCACGCAUGCCACUCGGUGGCGGUGCGCGGCGUGCCCGGACCGCGCGACGAGCCCUACCUGUGCCCGGUGGCCCAGUGCGACCUGCAGCUGACGUUUGAGCAUCUGGUGGCUCACCUGACCGAGGAACAUCACUGGCAGCUCAAGUUGGAGGGAAAAGAUCCGUUCACAGGUUCGCCGCCGAAGACCGCCAAAAGCACCGUCUUCAAAGCAGGCCCGGCCAACCGGCCAACCGUGCCGGGGUUCCAGGCUCUGAAGGUGAGGCAGACAUCCGCCGUUCGCCACGCGAAAAUGGUGUUCCGGUGCCACUACUGCCCCAUGUCCGGCGCCAGGGACAAAGUGCGUAUCCACCAGAACACCGUUCACCGGCAGGCGCACGGCGCUUUCAUGCAGUUCGCCCGCUCUUGCGACAACAGGAGCGGCUUAUACUUGUGUCCAUUCUGCCCGUUCAAGAACAAACGUCUGUGGUCGUUUCAUCUGCACCUGGUGCGCUCUGCCGCCUGCCGGCAGCAGCUCGGGCCGUCGGCCGAGCCCUGGCUGGAGAAGAGCGACACCGACCCCAGCGCAGACCCCACGGCGGCCGAGACGGCGCCGCGCGUGGCGCCGCUCAAGAUCAAACUGCGCACCACCGACUCCGGCACACGCACAGGCAGUGUGGGCGCGUCUCCUAGUGGUGGCGCCAGGCCCGCUACCCGCCCCGCUCCAGCCCGCCGCAAGACACCGCCGAUGAAUAGUCAUGGCCCAAUGGCUGGCCAGUUCUGGUGUCAUUUCUGCCUGAUCAGAGGGCAGAGGGGGGAAAUGAAGGUACACAUGAUCGAAAAGCACGGUGAGGCCUACCACGCAUUUCUUGCGUUCGCCAAUCAGAACACGCGAACUACUCACGGUGGGCGCCGAGGAUAUUCGUGUCCUGGCUGCUUCGAACAUUUCGACAAAACCUGGCUGCUGAUGCCGCACGUGGCAAACUCGUCCUGUCGUGACCGGGUGGGAGCCGAACAGCAAGUCUGGAUCAGCCAGUGUCCACCCAUUCAGGAUAAUAUGUACGGCGGUGACAAGAGGCCUGGGCGGAUGAAGAUCUUCGCAGCUGUUGAGGAUCCGCCAGCGGCCUCCGACUCUGAGCAGCCGACGGCUUCCCCGGCCGAGGCGGACCCGCUGCAGCUGUCAGACGAUGAGGCCGACGAGCCUCGGUCCGUGCUGCCGGGCCGGGCUGCCGCACCGGCGGACGGCGCCGAGAGACCGCCGGCCGGCGCCGGCCGCAGCGCCGCGUCUGAUGGGGGAGGGGAACGGCCGGCGCCGGCGCCCGACAGGCCCAGCUCGGCGGGGACCACAGCGGUCAACCCGCCGGCCGCCUCCGCUCCAGCCCGCCGCAAAACGUCGCCGAAAAGAAGGCCCGGCACAAUGGCUGGUCAAUUCUGGUGUCACUUUUGCCUGAUCAGAGGGCAGAGGAAGCAAAUGAGGGAGCACAUGAUGGAUAAGCACGGUGAGGCCUACUACGCAUAUCUUGCGUUCGCAAAGCAGACCUUGCAACGUUUAGCCAGUGGGCGCCAGCGACAUGUGUGUCCUGGGUGCUCUAGGCAGUUCGAUGAGACCUGGUUGAUGAUGCCGCACGUGGCACACUCGUCCUGCCGUGACCGAGUGGGGGCCGAACAGCACGUCUGGAUCAGCCAGUGUCCACCCAUGGAUGAAAACAUGUACGCACAUUACCGGAAGCGCCAGCGGUCGAAAAUUGGUGCGGCUGUUGAAGAUCCGACAGCGGCCUCCGACUCUGAGCAGCCGACGGCUUCCCCGGCCGAGGAGGACCCGCUGCAGCUGUCAGACGAUGAGGCCGACGAGUCUCAGUACGUGCUGCCGGGCCGGGCUGCCGCACCGGCGGACGGGGGCGAGAGGCCGCCGGCCGGCGCCGGCCGCAGCGCCGCGUCUGAUGAAGGGGAACGGCCGGCGCCGGCGCCCGACAGGCCCAGCUCGGCGGGGACCACAGCGGUCAACCCGCCGGCCGCCCCCGCUGCUACUGCCAGUGUACAAAGUUCGCAGACAUUCGAGUGUUUGAAGUGUUCGGCGAGGUUCUCGGACAAAGCGCUGCUCAUCGCCCACAGUCAGAGUCAGCACAGCACGCGCAAAAAGCGAACGCUGACGCCGGACAAGACCCAGCCCCGCAUCGACUCAUUCUUCAAGCGAGCAAAGUUGGACUAGCGACGUGUUGCGGCAUAAUGACUCCGCGGUGUACAGAGGCACGCUCGGCAACGCUGCACGUUCCACGGGCUGUUGCGUGUCGGCGGCGAUCGUAUUUCCUGGUUCAGGUUCUCGCCAGCUGAGGCGUUCUGUUUUGUAGUACUCCCGCUGGCGCCACUCAAGGCUGUUGCGCGCUCGCCCGCUCGCCGCGAACGAAGCUGCUGUUUGUCGGACGUCGGUGGCUGACAGGCUGCGCAUGUGCCCCUCCCCCUGUCCUUCGCCCCGUGUCCCUGUGUGUGCAGCGUUUUAUGGAGGCGCGGUAGGCUGACGUGUGGCGGCAUUUGCUCUUUCGUUCGAUGGAUGUGACUAGUUAGGGAUGGCUGUGUAGAUAUUGCUGUACUCGGUGCCGUGUACAUGUUUGUCUGUUCGCAAAUACAGACCAGCUCUUCGA